GGCCGCAGGAGAGAUGCUUUUCAGCAGCCAUUAACAUGCCCAGAACCGUAGUCUGAAAGCUGCAUUCGGGACCCGUAGGAAGCUCUAAGUCAAAGCUUCCUCGACUGAAAUUGCGCGCGCGCAUGCAUGCCUUGCCAUUUUGCAGGCAUCUGUGUGGCCUACUGUUUUGGGAGCUGAAAUGCCCUUCUCAGUUUUGCCUCUUUCGCCACACACUCAUGUGCACCUGUCUCCCUGCCUCAGUGCUCAGGAAGAAGGGCCUGAGGGGGCCCAAGCCAUUAACUGAACUUGGCCCCCGCAUAGGCCAGAAAAAAGAACUGGUGGUGCGCCAUUUUUAGCCUUUUGCGCGCCCCACCCCAGCCUGAAUGCACAAAGCACAUGGCAGAGAGCGAAGGAGAGAGAGAGGCGCCUUCGAGGCUCCAGUCGAGUAGGCGGCAGGGCCAAAGCCUUGCAUGUGAGCUCGCCCCACAACGAAGGCAUGGAUGGGAAGAAAUGCAGCGUAUGGAUGUUCUUACCUCUUGUGUUGACGCUGUUUACCUCAGCAGGACUGUGGAUUGUGUAUUUUAUAGCAGUAGAAGACAACAACAUUAUUCCGCUAAAUGUGCUGGACAGGAAGGAAGGUCCCCAAAAGCCUCCUUAUAUAAGGGUGACCAGAUCCAAAGGAGUGCAGGGCACCUAUGUGUAGAAGAAGGGAGUUUGGCAGCGCUUGUCGUGGCUGUCCUUCGCUUUAUUCAGCUAAAACCAAAAGUUUUGAAUCCCUGGCUCAAUGUGAGCGGCCUGGUGGCGUUGUGCUUGGCCUCCUUCGGAAUGACUUUGCUGGGCAAUUUCCAGCUUUCGAACGAUGAAGAAAUCCAUAAUGUGGGCACAUCCCUGACCUUUGGUUUCGGCACCCUGGCCUGCUGGAUUCAGUCUGCCCUAACGCUCAAAAUAAACCUGAAGAAUGAAGGAAGGAAAGCUGGGAUCCCACGAGUCGUCUUGUCGGCAGCGAUAACCCUCUGCGUCGUCCUUUAUUUCAUCUUGAUGUCCCAGAAGUUCCACAUGCACGCUGCGCGGAUACAGUGGGGAAUGGUGAUGUGCUUCCUCUGCUACUUCGGCUCCUUUGCUGUGGAGUUCAGACACUACCGCUUCGAGAUCAUCUGCUCCGAGUACCAGGAGAACUUCCUCAGCUUUUCCGAAAGCCUCUCCGAAGCGUCCGAGUACCAAACAGAUCAGGUGUAACCCAGGCCACUCUCUCUUUCCUUUUGUCGUGGCUUUAGGUUCCCGUAGACACAUGGUUGAACCCCUGGUCCUAUUCCUCCCCCUUUUCUUUUUAAAAUACUUGUUCAUUUUCCACGCCUACAAGUUGCCAAAAAGUAUUUCCCCCCAAAAAACUAGGUAUUUUAAGAGACACGGAACUGCCACCGCCCUCUGUGCCUCUUUCCCCCACUUCCUCAUGAUGUGUUUUGCAACGCAAUGUGCGAUGCAAUGUAAUACCAGCAUCUCCCCAGGCACCUCUCAUCGUUGGCCGGCUGAAGCGGGUGAAAACGCAGUCACAUCCUAUUCUGUGUCAUGUUGUGGAUGUCGCAAGGAAGAGGCAGCAAAGGGAUGUGGGGGCCGCUUUAGGAGGUCUAGUCCCACCCUAAGGGUACCUAGGAAAGGUGGGAGGCAGGAGUCUUCUGAAUUCAUCGGUGUGGCUGCAAUACAGUUCAGAACAAGAUUGGCGCCUUUGCUGCUAUGGGCCUGGCUGUCCAUCAGCUUCCUGUACUCCCUCCCUUAAAUGCAAAUUUUGAACCGCAGGAAGGGCUCCCAGAAAAGGUAGCUGCCUCCCCUCACUCUCACCCCUAGUGCGCCAGGGAAUUUGCUCCCAGUCUGUGCCAGUCUCUGCGAUCUAGGGAGUUCCUUCAUUUCUGGAUUUGCUCCUCGGUUGGGAAACAUGGAAGCUGCAGCUUCUGGUGCAGGCUUCCCCAACCUGCGGCCCUCCAGAUGUUUUGGCCUACAACUCCCAUGAUCCCUAGCUAGCAGGACCAGCGGUCAGGGAUGGUGGGAAUUGUAGUCCAAAACAUCUGGAGGGCCGAAGGUUGGGGGUGCCCGUUCUAGUGUCUGCCUACCUCCAUUCCUUGCUUCCACCUUCCCCACACCCCCUACCCUGCCAGUUGCAGCAAGCAGGUCUCUGAAGAUGCCACACAGAGGAGGAGGCAUGGACCUGGUACGUGCAUGCAUGGAAGGAAGACGAGGAGCCACAGCUACUUAGGUCUCUUGCUUCAGAUGCAGAUUUAACAGGUUACCCCCAAGCUGCAGCCUGCUAUUGCAUUACCUCCCUCCUUAUUGUGUGGCACAAGUCUUUUAAAAGCGGAAGGGCCUUGCUGGAAGGGGGAAAGCUGGCAAACCUUGAAGCAGCCUAGUCUACUAACUAAAGCAUCAGGGCAAAGGGGAGAGGGGACCUCUCAUUCUUCUCCUGAAACUCAGGGGUUAGGGUUGCCACCUUUCCCCUAAACGUUAGGGCUUUGGUGGUUUUCAGAACCAUGCUGAAAUACUGCAGGUGACAAUUUGCUGGCUAGGAGGAGGAUGAAUGAAGUUCACCCAAGGACCACCUACAUUUUUAAAUAAACGCAGCCAACAUUCCUUAGUUCUUUUCUCCUGCUGUUGAUGGGCAUGGGGUUUGGUUCAGGGCUUCCAAGUUAAAUGAUUGGAAAUGAAUGCAUGGUCAAAACAUGGGAGAGUAUCCUGUGAUUGCAUUGGGCCAAAGUCUGCUGUUGGACAUGGACUAUUUUGCUUUAAAAAAACAAUCCACUUCACUAUGUAAAGUACACAAACGUCUCAAUAAGUAGAAAGGUAGGUUUGGGGGAGGGGCUGUAAGAGGUGAAACCAAGACAAAUGAGUUUUAUACACAGCAUACAGCAACUGAGAUGCACACAAAGACACAUAGCUAAAAUAGGCUUCUGUUCAAAUGUGUUUUACUGUAAAUAUUAUGUGAUGUUGUUUUUUUAAAAAAGAAAAUGUUUUACGUUGUAUCAUUUUAUAUUUUGAAAUUUUAUCGGAAGGAAAAAUCCGUUUGUGAAAGGUUUUUCAUUUUUGUUUUUCCUGAUAUGCAACCACUCAAGCUGAAAUUCAAGCUUUUUUUGGUGAUAUAUUGUACAUUUCUUAAAAGAAUUUCUUAUGGCACAUUUCAGUACAGCUGAGCAAUGACUUAAUUCCUGUACACUAAAACAUGACCACUAAAUAAAUUUCUUUUAUGGAGA